CCCAAGCAAACACUUUUUUUUUUCCAUCUUUGGUACUACAAAUUAUAUUGCUCAACUUUUACAUCUAAUUUUAAUCUUUUAGGUGUAAGAUGAAGUAACAACAAGAAGUAUAGGUACUAUACAAAGUGGGGAAAAAAAAAAAGUAGAAUUUCAAUAAUAUACCUUCCCAACUUUGGAGAGCAAUUAGGUUGAGGGGAGAACAUGAGUAAACACAUGUUGCUUUUUCCUUUUUUCUUUUUAACCCUUUGCCUUUCCUUCUACAAAUUUUGUUAUUUUGGAAUAGUACUUAGUGAACAAUAGUGAAAAAAAAAGAUUUCCCCCUUAAUCAAGAAAGUGAGAAAGAAUAGAAAUGACUUGUAUCAAUAUUGAAACUCUCAAUAAUGUUCCAUCAAGUAAUGGAUACAACACUAGUGUUACUAAGACAAGAACUUGUCCUUCUUGUGGUCAUUUGAUCAAAUUUGAAGAAAAGGCUGGGAUACACAAUCUUCCAGGGUUACCAGCUGGGGUGAAGUUUGAUCCAAGUGAUCAAGAGAUUCUUGAACAUCUUGAGGCAAAAGUGAGAUUGGAUGCACACAAACUUCAUCCAUUAAUUGAUGAAUUCAUCCAAACAUUAGAGGGAGAAAAUGGAAUUUGCUAUACUCAUCCAGAAAAGUUACCAGGAGUGGCCAAAGAUGGUUUAGUUCGACAUUUUUUUCAUAGACCAUCAAAAGCAUAUACAACAGGCACAAGAAAAAGAAGAAAAGUACACACAGAUAUACAAGGCAAUGAAACUAGAUGGCACAAAACAGGCAAGACUAGACCAGUUGUGUUCAAAAACAAAGUGAAAGGCCACAAGAAAAUACUUGUUCUCUACACAAAUUAUGGGAAACAAAGAAAACCUGAGAAAACAAAUUGGGUAAUGCAUCAAUACCAUCUUGGUGAUAAUGAAGAUGAAAAAGAAGGUGAACUUGUUGUUUCUAAAGUCUUUUAUCAAACUCAACCAAGACAAUGUGGUGGUAACAACAACAACAAUAACAAUAAUUCUCUACUCAAAAAUAAUUGUCCUCCUAUUCCACAAGUUAGAACAAAUAUUGGUCAAGUUGGAUCACAAUUUGUUCAAUGUUUCAAUCCAACUACUCUCAUAUCCUUUGAACAAUUUGAACAUAACACUCGUCCAACGACCACGAUGACGAUGAGUCCUCGUCUUCCGAAUUUUAAUAACCUCCCUGACGCUUCAUUUAUUCCCUGACUCUUUUAUCCUUUUAGAUGAGACAGUCACACACCGAAUGAAUAAGUUAUUGAAACAAAAAUUAGGGUGGACAGGAGGACUACGGGAAGAAUAAGGAAGAGUUCUCUUGUAAAAUUUUCAUUUUUAAUUAUGUUUAUAUUUUUGAUGUGGUUAUCCUAUGUAUUAUUAUUAUUAUUAUUAUUGGUACUUACUUUGUACAAGUGUAUAUGGCUCAUGACUGGGAGAGUGACUAAUUAAUCGAAGUUCAACUGUACAAAGAUAUAUAUACUAAUGUAAUUUUAGCA